AUGCAGAGCAUUGACACAGGACUGAAUAGCCAAUUGGCAGGCAUUAUAGAUGUCUCGCAUAUGCGGACAGCGAUGUGGUUAGAUGAUGCGCAGCAGUUGAAUCCCAACUCAGCCACCAGGAUGACUACCUGGACAUUUCCUCCCAAUCUGUACACAGACAUGACAUCCGAUGGGUCGCAUGCAAGUAACAUACUACCCGAUGAUAUGCAUGAUCAGUUCUCUGUCACCUCUGAAAGUGAACAGAAUCCUUUUCUAAUGGCCUUUGAGCAGGGUGAUUCACUCGCCUUCAUGGAUUUGGAGUUAUUUACGGGCGCGAUAGAGUCAUCUUUGUUGCCUGUGGGCCAUCGCCCAGAUGUCGAUCCUUCACUAGAUCCCAAGGUUUUCAAUAAUCCUGCGGCAAUUGAGAACAUCGCAUCGACACUCACCAGUGACUUGCAUUGGACAGCUACCUCUGUAAACUACCAUGGGCCACCCUUCCUGCCUGCUUCUGUCCCUGCUUCUGUCGAGCAGACUGGGAGUGCACUGGCCAAGGCCACUGAUCAACGUUCAUCCUCUGGCCUCAUCGCUGCCAGUUUCAGUGAGACUGCAUGCUUCUCUGAUAUGUCUGCCAAUAUUGACAUCAUUGAUGCAACAGACGAAGCAGGACCUGUUUCAGUGCAACCUACAUUCAAAAUUCCACAAGUGGUUGCAAGGAACCUGUUGGCAGUUCGACCAAAAUUCCAUGUACCACGAGUUGGAAAAGUUCCACGCAUGGGGUUUCAAGGGGACUCCGCACCCACUAUGGCAAGUUUGGAUUUUUUGGACCUACUUUCACAGACGAAUACAAACGAGGGUGCGAGCGGGUCUGUGCCAUUACAGCAUGGUGGUCAGUCAGUGGACGAUAGUGGCUCCGCUAGAGCGAGAAGUCAAAGUGUCAUGCCGAUAGAAACACCUGAUGUCGAAGUUGCACUCUACAUUAGCAUGCGAUACGUGGAUCCUAGCGAUAAGAAGAUGCCUCAGAAGACUUGGUCCACAUUCAUCAAGUCUUGCCGGGUAUUGCAAACACCACCAACUCUGCACGAUAUCUUUCAGACCUUGCUGCCGGUGAGGCCUCAGCUGAAUGGUUAUCGAAUCACCAAUAUGCUGCGCUCGAUCCUGGAUUCAACUAAUGUUACGUAUUGGGUGGCCUCGUCCGGCACUCCAAUACCUAUGUCUCAUGAGGACUACGACAGUCCUCUGACAGGAUACCAGGAGUACGCACCUCUCAAGGAAGCGGUUCAUGACAAUGAAAGCACACUCAACCCUGUGGACCCAGGCUCAACAGAUUACAGAGAGCUGUGUGAAAAGCAGCGCAUCUCUCGGGGUACUCCUAUCUUUGUGCUCUAUAUUUUUAAUGACCAAACUGCAGCAUCCCCUGGCCAAAGUGGACUUGCGGCGACACCUCCUGUGCACAUUGACAAUUUCUUGUCUAAGUUGUACCCUGAUGCCUCAGUCCGGUUACAGGCAUUGGAUCGAUCUGAAAUAUUUGGAACUGCAUACAAGCAGACCCAGCAAACCCUUAUUCUCGCAAGGAUUGCAAAAGGCCUGGGCGUGGUGCCAGGUCACAAGGAGGGAGCACAGACAAGUGAGGGUGGUUCAAUUACAUGGUCUGAUGUAGUUGAUUGGGCACCUGGGGUGGCACCAUCAUCAGAGAGGAAUAUUCGAGGUCAAGCGGUGAAGGUUUUACAGUUCCGCGCGUGGAUCCAAGCACAUACACGGUUAUGGCAGCAGUCUCAGUCGGGGCCAGACAACUCUCCGCAAAAUGAUGAAGAGCUAUUUGCAUGGGUUCAAUUCAUAGGUCAGCCAGGUGGCCAUGGGGCAGACGAGGUGCUGAAUGGUUGGGGAUUCCAUGAACAGACUGCUGCGGGGAUGAAGGCAGCAGUCCUGCACAAACGCAUUAAUGCGUAUUUAAAAAAGAAUGCCAUUAGGCUGCCUAGUAUCAAGCUUACACAACUUGAAUUGUAA